AAAGUCUUUUCCCUCUAUGCCCUCUCACAUCAUCAGAGAACUCACACAGGGGAAAGACUGUAUGAGUGCAGUGAUUGUGGGAAAUGUUUUACCACUAGUUCGAUUCUCCAUGCUCACCAGAGAGUUCAUACAGCAGAAAGGCCUUAUGAGUGCAGUGAAUGUGGCAAGUCCUUUGUCCGAAGGUAUAGCCUCAAAGUACAUGUAAAGGUUCGCUCAGGUGAAAGGCCUUAUAAGUGUAAUGAAUGUGAGAAAUCUUUUAAGUGGAAGUCAACUUUGAUUAAACACCAGAGAAUUCACACAGGAGAAAGGCCUUAUGAAUGCAGUGAAUGUGGCAAGUCCUUUGUCCAAAGAAAUAUUCUCACAGUACACAUAAAGAUUCACUCAGGUGAAAAGCCUUAUAAGUGUAAUGAAUGUGGGAAAUCUUUAAAAUGUAAGUCAACAUUGAUUAAACACCAGAGAAUUCACACAGGAGAGAGGCCUUAUGAGUGCAGUGAAUGUGGGAAAUCUUUUGCCACUCGUUCUGUCCUUCAUUGUCACCAAAGAGUUCACACUAGAGAAAGGCCUUAUAAGUGCAGUGAAUGUGGGAAAUUCUUUACCACAAGGUCUGUCCUCCUUGAUCACCAGAGAGUUCACACUGGAGAAAGGCCUUAUGAGUGCAAUGAAUGUGGGAAAUCUUUUACUGCUAAUUCGGCCCUCCCAUUAUCACCAGAGAGCUCACACUGGAGAGAGACCUUAUGAGUGCAGUGAAUGUGGAAGUCCUUUGUCCGAAGAAAUAGCCUGAGCAUGCACCUAAAGGUCCACUCAGGUGAAAAGCCUUACAAGUGUAAUGAGUGUGGGAUAUCACUGAAGUGUAAGUCAAC